GAUUUUCGUCUGCUUAGCAAUGCAAAGGAUACACAUAUAUGUGAUUUUAAAUAAAUUCAGUCGUGUAGAUUCGAGUGUAAAUAAGUGCCUACAUUAGAGACGCGAAGUCCUCGUAUCGCACUGUACUGAACUAUUGUUGGGUCGGUGGGUCGUGCUUGCGAUCAUAUAUAUAUAUAUAUAUAUAUAAAAAACUCAUUGCAGAUGAGCUUGUAAGCUCCACUGGUUGUGUUGUGUUUAUUGGUGGGAUUGUUGAUUUGUGCCGUUGGUUAGGAACUACAACACUUAUCGCUUUACAUUUGGAUCAUAUUUGAAUUGACCUCGAAUGGAACAUGACCAUGUCACCGGUUGAGUGUGAUAUUGGGCUGCUGGAAGGGCGGGAUGAGGACAUUAAACCUCAUGCCGUAAAGAUCCGUCGCAACUUGUUUGGCCCUGUGGACCAUGAGCAGUUGCAGCAGGAUUUUAAGAGGCUCUUCUGCAUGAGUGUGGAGAUUGCCAAGCAGCGCUGGAACUUUGAUUUCCAGAGGGACAUACCGGCACCUGGCUCCGAUGAGUGGGAGGAGCUAUGGUGCCAAGAUGUGCCAGCGUUCUACCACAGCUGUGUGGUGAAGCCUGCUAUGGCAAGGCAAAGAGUGGACGCAACUAUUGGAGGAGGAGCCUUCGCUUGUUCAACUGCAUCUAUGGCCACACAGAAAUACCGGGAGCUGCAGAGCAGAGGACCUUUGAGAGGGGUCAAACCAGAGAAGAGGAUGUCUGUAUUGCUGGGAGUCAAACGCAAACAAGCAAACAUUACAGACUUUUUUAGAGUGACAAAGAGAAGGUUUCUGCAUCACAAAACUUCAUCAUGAAGAGAAAACUUGUUGGACAUUUGUAUUAUAAUUGUUUAUAUAUAUAUAUAUAUAUAUAUAUAUAUAUAUAUAUAUAUAUAUAUAUAUAUAUAUAUAUAAAUGUACAUACAAUAUCUGCACAUUUAGUUCUUCUAACAGAGGCUUGUUUUCUUACAAGCAUCUUACAAUUUUACAAGAUUAUAUUCUCAAAUUCUAAACAAAUUCUAAAUGUAUAUAUGUGUAAAUACAGUGUGUGUGUGUGUGUGUGUGUGUGUGUGUGUGUGUGUGUGUCUAAUUACCAAAUGCAUUACCUAUAAAAAGUACUUACCCCUUUGUAAUUUUUCAGAUUUUAUUGUUACAACAUGGAACAAUGUUUAACAGGGAUUUUUUUUUUCAUAGCACAUCAACAUUUCUAAAAAAUAAAUAAGGUCAAAGAAAAAUCGGAUGUUAUACUUAAUUGAUAAAGAAAUUGAGUGCAUUAAAUAAUAAAAGCAAUUUAAUAAGAAUUCACUCCCUUGGAAUUAAUUCCAAGAGGAACUAAUCAAUUAUAAUUAUUCCGUUUCAUGUUGUUACACAAUAUAUUUUUAGAACGUUUGGAAUGCACUGUGUGCAUAUUAACAGAGUCCAUUUUUUGGUGGGCACUGAAUAUUUAAAAAUGUAUCAAAUACUGUGAACUUUUACAAAACUUCACUAUAAAAGGACAAUUUGAAUUUAAUGGUAAUUACAUAAAGAUUGCAAUGCUCAGAUUUCAAAUGCAGUGACCCUCUAAGUGACAUCAGUGCACACAAUAUAUAAGCUUAUAAUGAGUCAUAUAAUUACUUUGUUCCAUUUAUUACUUUAUACUUUUUUAUUAUUUUUAUGUUUUACAGUUUUUUGCAGGGUGUUACAAGGUUACAAAA